AUGCCGGGACUUCCGGCUCCGCAGAGACUGCUUCCGUCCGCAGUCCCCGAGAGGGAAGCAUCUCAUCCUGAGGUGGCGAGGAUGCAGAGCAGAUUCGAUGCCGCGGGUGCCAAGUUCGCUAAAAGAACCAAACAUGUUUCUUGGGACGCGAAGGAGACUGAGGAGAAGAAUUUUGCUUUAUUUAAGUGGCUUAAGAUCAUUGAGCGAGGGCCGUGGGACUUUGCUGUGUCUCGCGAUUUCUUGAGGGCACGCUUGUUGGGGCUCGGUGCUGGUGAUCUUCUUGAGAGUAUUUCGAAUGCUCUUGCUGCAAAGAGCACUGCGACCCUGCAUACGAGAGCCGGUCCGAUGAUCAGAUAUUUGGCUUUCUGCGACCUGGAAGGUAUUGAGCCCUUCCCAAUCAGAGAGGAGGUCAUGUAUAAGUUCUUCUACGACAUGCAGGCGCAGGUAGCAGCGACAUUCUUCAAGUCUGUGCUUGCCUCGCUGGCUUUCGGCCGCUUCGUGUUGGGUCUUGACAGUGCGGUGCUGGCGCUGGAUUCUUUGAGGGUGAAAGGGCUCGCCAGAAAGCUGUACUUGGGCAUCAGGCGACUGCAGCAGAGGCCUCCACUUCGAGUCAAGGAUGUUAUCAGGCUUGAGCUGAUUUGCACAGGCGAUGUGCCUCGUUCGGCCCUCGAUGUGGUAAUGGCAGGCUUCAUCCUCUUCAUGGUUUUCUCUCGAGCCCGUCACUCUGAUGCCCAACAUGUUUGCUCGUUUGCUUUCGAGCUUGACUUCAGGGGAGAUCUUCCUGCGGGUUUCAUCAAUGCGGAGGUUAAGAAGACCAAAACUAGCUUCACGGUGGAGCGGAAAACAAAAUUUCUACCCAUGCUGGCGCCGGCGCGGGGUCUCAGCGGCAAGUGCUGGGCAUCAGGGUGGAAGGCGGCGCUCAAGAAGGAGGGCAUCACGGCAGGGGAGGGGAAACCUCUCAUGCCCUCACCCAAGAGUGGGGGAGGAUGGAACGUGAUCCCACAAACUGCUCAGGCUUCAGGGCAGUGGAUGCGAGCUCUGCUCAAUGAUGGCACUGAUGAUCCCUACUUGCUCGGGCUGGGGACGCACUCGGCCAAAACCACACUUUUGUCGUGGCUAAACAAGAAGGGUGUUGCUCGAGAUGUCACUGCAUUGUUGGGAUACCACGCAACAAAGGAUGCUGGCAUAGGUACUGAGAUCAUCUACGCCAGGGAUGCCAUGGCAUAUCCCUUAAGAGUCUUGCAGGAGCUCGUCGAUGAGGUCCGUGAUCGUUCUUUCAGGCCCGAUGAGACCAGAGGCCUUAUGACGGCCGCGGAAAGGGAGGCUGCAGGAGUUCGUGACGAUGCAGGCGCAGAUUGCUCAUCGUCCUCCUCUGAGGAUGAGGAAUGCCCGCGCCAUGAUGAGGGUGCUGAGGGACGAGUUUUGGGCCCGUGGGCCGGUCGUGUAGAUAGAUCUAAGAUUCCUGGUGAGGCGGUCAUGGCUAGGAACGAGACCUCGCGAGUUUUGCACAUUUCACGUGAGGAGCAGGCCACCGCUUUCAUUUGUGGCCGAAAGAUUACGGCUGCCUAUGAGGUGCUGCGGGCUGAGGACGUGGACAAUCCAAAGCUUCGAGCGCAUGUGCCUUGCAAGUCCAUGAUGACAUGCUGUGGCGGCGGUGAGGCCCUGACCAAAUUGAAGGCUGCCGGAAUCAAUACCCUUGCUAAGGUGGCAUUCGUUUCGUCUUACGCGCCAGGCGCUCCGUCAGAUUCCGAGCUCAUUAAGGUCCUCAAUGAAGCACUUGGGAAGGAGAGUGAUGCAGGCCAGAAAGCAUCCUGGCGCAGGCUAUUCCAUGAAGCUUAUGCCGUGGCUACUCAAGAGCUUAAGACGAUGGCCGAGUGGCCAGAUGAGGCAGGGCCAAGGCGUCUGUCACACCCAGAGAGAGCGGAGAGGUACCGAAUGAUCAAGGCAUCUGUUUCAGGGAUCGAUAUCAAGGAUCGGAACGAGCCGAGCGAUGCAUUGCUGGACUUGUGUGUGGGCAUCUACGAAGGGAAUCGCCUUCGCUAUGUUUCUUGGGAUCGUUGCACAUCCAAGUCCCAGGAGCUCUCGAGUGAGGCGAAGCGUGACAGCAUGCUCACUGUGGAUUCCCAGGGGCGCUUGAAGGCUGAAGCUAAGAGCGAUCACAUUAAAGCUGACACGCGAAGCCGCGCGAAGCGCGCGCGAAGCGCGGGCGCGCGAAGCACGCGCGAAGCCACGCGAAGCGCGGGCGCGCGAAGCCGCGCGAAGCCGGCGCGAGGCGCGCGAAGCGCGCGCGAAGUGCGGGCGCGCGAAGCACGCGCGAAGCCGCGCGAAGCGCGCGAAGCCGUGCGAAGCCGCGCGAAGCGGCGCGAAGCCGGGUCACGCGAAGCAGCUCUCGUGAAGCCGCGCGAAGCCGGCAGCCGUGGGAUGCCAGCAUUUGCUCUGAUGCUUCCGCCAGGAAAAGGUUUAUGCCGGGACUUCCGGCUCCGCAGAGACUGCUUCCGUCCGCAGUCCCCGAGAGGGAAGCAUCAUCCUGAGGUGGCGAGGAUGCAGAGCAGAUUCGAUGCCGCGGGUGCCAAGUUCGCUAAAAGAACCAAACAUGUUUCUUGGGACGCGAAGGAGACUGAGGAGAAGAAUUUUGCUUUAUUUAAGUGGCUUAAGAUCAUUGAGCGAGGGCCGUGGGACUUUGCUGUGUCUCGCGAUUUCUUGAGGGCACGCUUGUUGGGGCUCGGUGCUGGUGAUCUUCUUGAGAGUAUUUCGAAUGCUCUUGCUGCAAAGAGCACUGCGACCCUGCAUACGAGAGCCGGUCCGAUGAUCAGAUAUUUGGCUUUCUGCGACCUGGAAGGUAUUGAGCCCUUCCCAAUCAGAGAGGAGGUCAUGUAUAAGUUCUUCUACGACAUGCAGGCGCAGGUAGCAGCGACAUUCUUCAAGUCUGUGCUUGCCUCGCUGGCUUUCGGCCGCUUCGUGUUGGGUCUUGACAGUGCGGUGCUGGCGCUGGAUUCUUUGAGGGUGAAAGGGCUCGCCAGAAAGCUGUACUUGGGCAUCAGGCGACUGCAGCAGAGGCCUCCACUUCGAGUCAAGGAUGUUAUCAGGCUUGAGCUGAUUUGCACAGGCGAUGUGCCUCGUUCGGCCCUCGAUGUGGUAAUGGCAGGCUUCAUCCUCUUCAUGGUUUUCUCUCGAGCCCGUCACUCUGAUGCCCAACAUGUUUGCUCGUUGGCUUUCGAGCUUCACUUCAGGGGAGAUCUUCCUGCGGGUUUCAUCAAUGCGGAGGUUAAGAAGACCAAAGCUAGCUUCACGGUGGAGCGGAAAACAAAAUUUCUACCCAUGCUGGCGCCGGCGCGGGGUCUCAGCGGCAAGUGCUGGGCAUCAGGAUGGAAGGCGGCGCUCAAGAAGGAGGGCAUCACGGCAGGGGAGGGGAAACCUCUCAUGCCCUCACCCAAUAGUGGGGGAGGAUGGAACGUGAUCCCACAAACUGCUCAGGCUUCAGGGCAGUGGAUGCGAGCUCUGCUCAAUGAUGGCACUGAUGAUCCCUACUUGCUCGGGCUGGGGACGCACUCGGCCAAAACCACACUUUUGUCGUGGCUAAACAAGAAGGGUGUUGCUCGAGAUGUCACUGCAUUGUUGGGAUACCACGCAACAAAGGAUGCUGGCAUAGGUACUGAGAUCAUCUACGCCAGGGAUGCCAUGGCAUAUCCCUUAAGAGUCUUGCAGGAGCUCGUCGAUGAGGUCCGUGAUCGUUCUUUCAGGCCCGAUGAGACCAGAGGCCUUAUGACGGCCGCGGAAAGGGAGGCUGCAGGAGUUCGUGACGAUGCAGGCGCAGAUUGCUCAUCGUCCUCCUCUGAGGAUGAGGAAUGCCCGCGCCAUGAUGAGGGUGCUGAGGGACGAGUUUUGGGCCCGUGGGCCGGUCGUGUAGAUAGAUCUAAGAUUCCUGGUGAGGCGGUCAUGGCUAGGAACGAGACCUCGCGAGUUUUGCACAUUUCACGUGAGGAGCAGGCCACCGCUUUCAUUUGUGGCCGAAAGAUUACGGCUGCCUAUGAGGUGCUGCGGGCUGAGGACGUGGACAAUCCAAAGCUUCGAGCGCAUGUGCCUUGCAAGUCCAUGAUGACAUGCUGUGGCGGCGGUGAGGCCCUGAUCAAAUUGAAGGCUGCCGGAAUCAAUACCCUUGCUAAGGUGGCAUUCGUUUCGUCUUACGCGCCAGGCGCUGCGUCAGAUUCCGAGCUCAUUAAGGUCCUCAAUGAAGCACUUGGGAAGGAGAGUGAUGCAGGCCAGAAAGCAUCCUGGCGCAGGCUAUUCCAUGAAGCUUAUGCCGUGGCUACUCAAGAGCUUAAGACGAUGGCCGAGCGGCCAGAUGAGGCAGGGCCAAGGCGUCUGUCACAGCCAGAGAGAGCGGAGAGGUACCGAAUGAUCAAGGCAUCUGUUUCAGGGAUCGAUAUCAAGGAUCGGAACGAGCCGAGCGAUGCAUUGCUGGACUUGUGUGUGGGCAUCUACGAAGGGAAUCGCCUUCGCUAUGUUUCUUGGGAUCGUUGCACAUCCAAGUCCCAGGAGCUCUCGAGUGAGGCGAAGCGUGACAGCAUGCUCACUGUGGAUUCCCAGGGGCGCUUGAAGGCUGAAGCUAAGAGCGAUCACAUUAAAGCUGACACGAGUUCGGAGAUUUUGUUGCAGUUCGCACUCUUGCGAAGAGGUCUUGCAUUGGAAAUGUCGAACUUGCUCGACUUUCGUUUGCAUCGCAGGUGGGCCGAAAAAUUGAUAGAGACAAGGAUGGCCGCCCAACUCGACACGCAUUCGCAAGUGUCUUUCGCCCAAUUGGAGGCGGCGGACCAGAAGUUCUUCCAGGAAUUAGCGGACAGGACUCGCGAUGGAGUCCAGGCCACCGCCCUCGGUCGCCCGUUGGACGACUGCUUCGACGAAGUUUUCAAUUUGCCAGAGGUCACGCGUGUGAUGCAGCCGCUGCCUAAGCCUAGCGGUCGUGUGGAGCCACCUCCGAAGCCGCGCUGGAGCCCGUAUGAUCGUCCCUCAAAGGGUGGUCGGAAAGGCAAGAGCCCAGGCACAGGUAAAAGCACGCCAAGGAUGCCCAGGGAGCUUGUUGGCUGCAAGGCAUGCACCAAUCGGGGCGACCCAAUCUGUUUUGGGUAUGGCUUGAAAACUUGCUCUGAGCAAGUGAAGGGCGGUCGCUGCCCAAAGGGGCUGCACGUAUGCGCCGUCCCGAAGUGCGGGGGCGCGCAUCCAGCACUUGACUGCCCACAGUAUGCGGCCCUGAAGAAGGGCCCACGUAUCGUUCUAAUCGGUUUUGUGGUCAAAGCCACCGCUGAGAUUCCAGAUCAAGAUGCCGAGAUGCAAAGAGCUCCCGCGGAGCUCCUCUUGCGAUCCAACUUUGCGCCGGGUCAGGAUUCGUCUGUGUUGGCUCGUCUCCAGUCGGCCAACCGCAUCUUUAUUCAGCUGGGAGCCUUUUUGCUUCGGGCUCGGGAACUUGGGGUGGCGUUCUCGCUUAUGCACCCCAUGUCCUCUUGGCUUUGGGAGCUGCCUCCCUUCGCCGACCUGCUCAAGGUCUCUUCUGAGGUACCAGUGUAUCUGAUGUCUGACUUGCACAGGCUCCAGCAUUUUCGCUUAGUGUACACCUUGUGUGACCUGUCAUCGCUUGCCGCGGCUGACAGAACCGAUGCCAUGACGCAGAAACUCUUCUGUGAUCGUUUUGCUGCUGCCUUGUCCACUCAGGUUGCUGCCUCGGGUUUAGGCCCCUCCCCUCUUAGGCUCCCCGAGGUCCGUGCUGCGGCGCAAAACCAACCGAAGGCAUCCAAGCUGCCACCGCUUGUGCCAGAGUUUGCCUACACGCAACGUUUGACGUGUGAAGGCCCUCCACCUUUGGAUGCCAAGAAGCAGCUCACGCAUCCGUGGAAUGGCGUUCCCAAACAUGCCCGCCUCCUGCGCUCUUCCACUUCCGAAGGGGGGGCGACUGAGGAAUCCGCGCAGCAAGCGACCAACAUCUCUUCGCAGAAGCCUCGCCAUACUGAGUAUGUGUUCGGUGUGUAUCGCGAGCCGGUGCAAUUUGUGUAUCAGGCUGUCGCACUUCAGCAUCCGUUUGAUGCCGCCAGAGCUCUUCCGGAUAAGCUUGUUCGUGUGCUCUUUGCCACGUUGACCAAAGGUCCCUUAUGCAUCAUGCGAAACAGGUUACUCCUGCUGCAAAAGUGGAAUCAGUGGGCAAAGGACCUUCGCUCAGAUGAAGCCUCUCUCCAGGCCUCCCUGCAUCCUUCGGUCCGCAAGGUUCUUCAGGGAAAGAAGCUGCUCCUUCUUGACAAGAUUGCAAGAUCACUUGACUGGCCCGACAAACACCUGCAUCGUGACCUGUGUGCAGGGUUCAAGUUGUCAGGUGUUCCUGAUCCUACAGGUGUUUUUGAGCCGGACCACAAGCCUGCCUUGUCUUCAGAGGAGCAAUUCUGGGACGCUGCCGAAGUUUUGAAGCAUCAGCUUUGGGCACGGGUGAGGGAGCAGCCGGCUCAGGAGUACGACGCGGAGCUGGCCGAAAUCACACUGGGCGAAACCGAUGUAUCUGGAGGAAAAGGAUGGCUCGAGGGUCCUUUGUCAUUCUCUGAGCUCCAGGAUCGCUUUAAAGGCCAGUGGAUGCCGUGCCGAAGGUUCGCUGUAUGGCAAAACAAGUGGAGGCCCAUCGAUGAUCUUAGCGAGUCGGGGCUCAAUGCAACAUUUGGCUGCCAUGAGAAGAUUCCGCUUAGGGCUUUGGACGAGGUGGUCUGGAUUUGCACAAAGAUAAUGCAGGCUGCCUCUGCUAGGGGCGAUGUCACGUUGCAACUGAGCUCGGGCGAAUCCUUGAAAGGCAAGCUGCAUGAACAUUGGGCCGACAAGGAGAAGAUCAGACCUGUCACUACAGCAUUUGAUCUUAAAUCCGCUUACAAACAGCUUCCUCUUGCACCGGAGGAGCAAAGUAAGGCGAUAGUCACCAUUCGACAUCCGUCGCAGACCGAGCCGUCCGGCUACAUAUGCCACACUCUUCCUUUCGGAGCCUGUGGAUCUGUUCUUCACUUCAACAGAGUCUCGGCUCUGCUGAGAAGGAUUAUGCUUGAGAUGGAGAUCUUGACGGCGCUCUACUAUGACGACUAUCCAGUAGUGUCGCCAUGCCUCCUUGGCAACAGCACGGCUGCAGCCUUCACUUCAGUAAUGUCGCAGGCCAUCGCCGUUGCCAUUGAGGAGAUUAUCACCAGAGGGCACGUUGCACCUCGUGAGUUGCCUUCUUUGUUCGGCAGACUUCAGUUCGCCGAGGCACAGAUCCUUGGCAGGAUGGGCAGGUUGGCAAUUCACGAUCUCAGAAGCCUUGAGAGGUCUUCUGCUGCGCGCGUCAACCUCACAGCUCAGCAUCUUGAAGCUUUGUUGCUCUUGAAGGAGCGCGUUGUGUCCGGAGCUCCGAGAAAUGUGUCCGCUUCAGUUGCGACCAGUCCUAUCGUGAUCUUCACUGACGGCUGCUUCGAGCCGGAUGCUGCGAACCCCGCUGGGGUGGGGGGUGUAAUGUUCGCUCCUUCGUCUGGUGGAGGCUUGAAGGUAAGGGCCUUUGGCUCGCUUGUUCCAAAGACGCUGCUUGAAGCAUGGCACGCCAGGGGCAAGCGACACCUCAUAGGCCAGGUUGAGAUGUUCGCUGUCAUCAUUGCCAGGUCGUGGUGGGCAAACGUCCUGGACGGUGCCAGGGUCAUUUAUUUCGUGGAUCACAGCGGUGUGCUUGCCGCCUGCAUAAGCGGAUCCUCCAAAGAGGAUACAUGGAGAAAGCUUUUGUGCGCAUUCGAGAAAGCUGAUUCGCUGCCUGCCAUGCAGUGGUUCAGCCGUGUUCCCUCACACUCGAAUAUCUCUGAUGGACCGUCGAGAGGUCGCUGGGAGGGCCUUUUGAGAGCUUUCCCGGAGUGCGUGAUUGAUGAUCCUUGUUGCCCUUUGACAGGGACAAUGCUUCAGCGCUUCGUUUAG